UAUAUAUAUACAAAAUAUAUAUUUUAUAAUAAUUUUUUAACAUACUUUUUUUAAGUUAUAUGAGAUAGUAAAUGAUUGGAUAAUAAAAAUGAAAAUUUUAGAAUUUAUCGUGAUAGCUGGUAUAUUAUCGAUAAAUGGAAACUACGCACAACUUACAAAUCAAAUUGAGGUGUGCACCGGUGAAGCGGAUGUAGUGCUUGUACUGGACAGAUCUGGGAGUGUAGGUGAUGCAGACUAUCCAUUUCUGGUUGGAUUUUCUCUUCAUCUUGCCCGAACGUUUAAGAUCAAUGAGGAUCAAGUCCGACUGGGUGUAGCCAGUUAUUCUACAACAGGAACACGUGAAAUCAAUCUGAACACUUUCGGUUAUGAUGCUUUCAGUGCGGCUGCAAAUCAACUCACUCGAGGUAACGAGGAGUUUACUAACAUCCAUGCUGGCUUGUUGAGAGCUGAAGAAAUGCUGGAGGAUGAAGCAAAUGGUGCUAGACCUGGAGCUAUCAAAUUGAUUGUCAUCACAAAUGACGGUGCUGCAAACAGAGGCGUACCUCCUAUUCCAACCGCUGAACGAAUUCACGCUAAAAAUAUCAGCAUAGUUAGUAUUGGUAUUGAGAAUGACGUUGCACCACCAAAUAGAAAUCUUGAGUCGAAAUCAUUGGCAUCGGGUUCUGACAACUAUUACUUUGUUCCAAAAUACACUGGUCUUGCUGACGAAGAAUUUUUAAAGAAGGUUACAAAAGCUGUCUGUAAAAUUGUCACUGUAAGAGAACCAGAUGUCGAUGAUACGGAAACAUCCAUUUAUGAAGACACGCAAGUAAACACUGAAAUUCACACAAUACCACUGACUGGAGAUGCUCUUAACCUACCAGUGUACACAUUGCAGCCUCAACCAAACCUCCCUUUUACCGUAAAUGCAGAUGGAAAAGUUGUUGUGACUGGACCACUAGAUCGCGAAACCCAAGAUAAAUACGUCUUUAUUGUUACAGUUACCGAUCUAAACUUACCAGCCUUUACAAAAGACGUCCAGGUUACUGUCUAUAUUUUGGAUAGGAAUGAUAAUACACCAGUCCCAGCUCAACUUAUAUACAAUGUUGAAGUAUAUGAAGAUGUUUCCUUUUCCCCACCAACUGAGAUUCAAGUUGUGUCAGCAAGUGAUGCAGAUAUUGACGUUAAUGCAGCUUUGACCUAUGUUAUUAAUUCGGGUAACAAUGAUGGUAAAUUUAGUCUUGACGCAUCAUCUGGUAGCGUUACUGUUGUUGGGGUACUUGACCGAGAAACGAGAGAUACAUAUCAGUUAAUAGCCGUUGCAAAAGAUGGUGGUAACCCACAGCAAACCUCUGUUGAUAUCACCAUUAACAUCAAAGUGUUAGACAGAAAUGACAACGCGCCGACAUUCCCAAAUGCUGUAGUCAAUUUGGUCUAUCCUGAAACACAAGCUUUGGGAAAUCUUGAGCAACUUGUUGCAAGCGAUCUUGAUAUUGGAACUAAUGGUCAAUUUGAAUAUUUCAUUGAAUCUGGAAACGGAGAAGGAAAAUUCGCUGUUAAUCAGAUCUCAGGGUACAUCACUUUGGAGAAUUCAUUGGAUUUUGAAACCACAAACAGUUAUCAACUGAUUGUAAAAGCUGAAGACAAAGGACAACCAAAACAAUCCUCUACAGUCACUGUAAACAUCCAAGUAACUGAUGCAGAUGAAAGUCUAACCAUUGAUGGACCACAUUCCCAAUCGAUUCCAGAAGACUUUAACACCGUUGAUCAAAUCGUUCAAGUUACAGCAACUGAUCCAGAAAAUGCACAAAUCACCUACAGCAUUGUAGGAAACUCACCAUUUGCCAUCGACUCAUCUGGUGUCAUCCGACGUGUCGGAAAUAUCGACAGAGAAGGAGCUGUGUUUAUAUAUGUAUUAACAGUUGAAGCUACAGCUGGUGGACAUACAGUUACAACUCAAGUUACCAUUACUGUAACUGACGUCAAUGAUGAAACACCAGUUUUUGGUCAAGGAACUUACACUGGUAACAUUGACGAAAACUCAGAAGAACAUGCGCCUGUUAUUGUAGAUGUGGAAGUCAGUGCUACCGAUAAUGAUGCAACCUCUCCCAACCAUUUGUUUAUGUUUUCAAUAAUAUCUGGAAAUACCAAUGAUGCCUUUAAAAUUGAUGCUAACACUGGAGUAGUUUCUGUUAAUAAUCAAGCAGCAUUAGAUUUUGAACAAAGCACACAAAUCUACGAUUUAGUCAUUCAAGUUACAGAUAGAGGAUCUCCAGCAUUGUCUUCUACAGCUAUAUACAGAAUAACUUUGAACAAUCUGAACGACAAUACUCCCACAUUCCCCGAUGCUGUAAUAAAUCGUGUGUAUCCAGAAAACAAAGCUUUGGGUGACUUGUUUCAGCUUGUUGCUACUGACUUGGAUAUCGGAUUGGCUGGUGAAGUGGAGUAUACCAUCAUAACACGAGAUGAUGUAGAUCAUUUUGCUUUAAACAAGGACACCGGAUACCUAAGAUUGCUAAAAUCUUUUGAUUUUGAAGUAAAGAACAGUUACCAACUUGUUGUUAAAGCUGAAGACAAAGGACAACCUAGGAAAUCCUCUACAGUCACUAUAAAUAUUCAAGUCAGUAAUGUUGAAGAGCCGCUUAUCAUUGAUGGACCACAUACUCAAUCAAUUCCAGAAAACUUCAACACAGUUGAUCAAAUCGUUAAAGUUACAGCAACUGAUCCAGAAAAUGCACAAAUCACCUACAGCAUUGUCGAAAACUCACCAUUUGCCAUCGACUCAUCUGGUGUCAUCCGACGUGUCGGAAGUAUCGACAGAGAAGGGGCUGUGUUUGUUUAUGUAUUAACUGUUGAGGCUUCAGCUGGAGGAAGUACUGUUCCAACUCAAGUUACCAUCACUGUAACUGAUGUCAAUGAUAACACACCAGCAUUCGGAGCUGCAUCAUACAGCGGCUCUGUAAUGGAGAAUGCAGCAACAGGCACCUUAGUAGCCACUACUCAAGCCGUCAGCGCAACAGACGGUGAUGCAACAUCUCCCAACAAGGAUUUCAUGUUUAGUAUUAUGAGUGGAAACACUGGAGAUGCUUUCACCAUCAAUCCGCUUAAUGGUGCAGUUUCUGUUAACAAACCAGAGGCAAUCGAUUAUGAAUCUGCAACAAAAGUGUUUAAUCUUGUUAUUAAAGUAACUGAUAAAGGACAACCUCAAAUGUCUUCGACAGUUAAUUAUCAAGUCACAGUCAACGAUGUUAAUGAUCAUGAACCAACCUUUCCUAACGCUGUUAUUGAUCUUACCUUCCCAGAAAAUCAACCUUUAGGUAAUUUACAUCAGUUACAAGCUACUGAUUUAGACACUGGUCUUAAUGGCAUGCUCACUUACACUAUGACAUCCGGAAAUGCAGGCAAAUUUUCAGUAGACCCGGCGAGCGGAUUUAUCAAGUUAAAUCAAGCAUUUGAUUUUGAAGUAAUGAACAGUUAUCAAUUAAUUGUUAAAGCUGAAGACCAAGGACAGCCAAAAAGGUAUUCCACGGUCACUGUAAACAUCCAAGUAACCAAUGUUGUGGAGCCGCUCACCAUUGAUGGACCACACUCUCAAUCAAUUCCAGAAGACUUCAACACCGUUGAUCAAAUCGUUCAAGUUACAGCAAAUGAUCCAGAAAAUGCACAAAUCACCUAUAGCAUUGUAGGAAACUCACCAUUUGCCAUCGACUCAUCUGGUAUCAUUCGACGUGUCGGAAGUAUCGACAGAGAAGGGGCUGUGUUUAUUUAUGUAUUGACUGUUGAAGCUACAGCUGGUGGACGUACCGUCUCAACUGAAGUUACCAUUACUGUAACUGACAUCAAUGAUGAAACACCAGUUUUUGGUCAAACAGCGUAUACUGGAAAUGUAAACGAGCAUGCAGCUCAAGGAACCGCUAUCACAGCAUCAGUUGCUCUGUCAGGUUCUGACAAUGAUGCUACAUCUCCAAACAAUCAAUUUUCUUACAUGAUUGAAAGUGGAAAUACAAACAACGCCUUUACGAUUAACCCUAAUACCGGCGUCAUUACUGUUAACAAACCAAAUGAGCUUGAUUUUGAAUCUCAAACAAGACAGUAUACCUUGGUCAUAAAAAUCACAGAUCAAGGCAAUCCUCAACUCUCUUCGACAACAACAUACACAAUAGGAAUAAACAAUAUCAAUGAUAACCAACCUAUCUUUAGUGCUCCAAAUUAUGCAAUGACCAUUCCUGAAAAUACUGCCAAUAAUGCAAAUGUGUUGAAAGUUUCUGCUAGUGACGAUGACGGAGAAGCACUUAUGUAUUCCAUCCCAGCAGGACUACCAUUCAGUAUCGAUCCACUUACAGGGCAAAUAACUGUGACCGGUCCAUUGGACGUAGAGACACAAGAGUCUUACGGUUUUAAAGUUAGUGUUAGUGAUGGAACACACAUUGUAACAUCUGAUGUUGUUAUUACUUUAUCUGAUGUGAAUGACAAAACACCGACCUUCUCUGUCACUGGACCAGUUUCAUAUAGUGUUAAAGAAAAUGCUGCCCUUGAAUAUGUUAUUACAACCAUGGCAGCAUCAGAUAUGGAUAAAACAUCACCAAAUAAUCAAUUUAUGUUUAUGAUAAUAUCUGGAAAUGAGGAUGGUAAAUUUGAAGUUAAACAGAAUGGAAAUUUGGUUUUGAAAGGAGCCUUGAACUACAAUGUAAAGAACUCAUAUCAGCUAAUUAUUAAAGUUGAAGACAAAGGAACAAAUCCAACUUCACUGUCAAGCACAAUUACUGUUAACAUCAACGUCAUGGAUGUCAAUUUAAAUGCACCUCAAUUCGUUGGCGCUCCAUAUACAGCGAGCGUUGAUGAAAACGUCAAUAGUCCGAUGGUUAUAACAGUAACUGCAACAGAUGCUGAUGGACCAACAGAUCAACUAACUUUCUCCAUUGUCACUCCUUCCGUGCCAUUCCAAAUAAAUCCUGACACUGGUAAAAUAACUGCAACACAAACGUUUGAUUCAGAAGUUAAGCAUGAAUUCAUGUUUACAAUUAAGGUAACAGAUGAGGGUGGUUUGUAUGACGAGACUACAGUCAAAGUUACAGUUAACGAUAUUAAUGAUAUGACACCAGUCUUCGUUUCUGCUCCAUCUCAAAUCAACGAUUUAUCUGAGAAUACUUUGAUUACAACUGUAAUUGCCACAUACCAAGCAACAGAUGGGGAUAGAACAUCGCCCAAUCGAGAUGUUAUGUACAUGAUAACUUCAGAAAGUGUUCCAGGCAUCUUUGAGAUCGACUCGGCAACAGGCGAACUCAAACUGAAAAGCGUUUUGGAUUUUGAGACUGUUACAUCAUACACUAUUACCAUCCGAGCUGCUGAUAAAGGUUCUAAUGUUCGAUUUGUUGACAAACAAGUAACAAUCACUAUUAAAAAUGAGAACGAACAUGCACCAAAGCUUGAUCAAACCUCAUACGUUAUGUCUGUGCUGGAAACAGAACCAGUCGACUACCAAGUAUUAACUGUUAUUGGAACAGACCAAGAUGCUAAUUCUGUGUUGACAUACAGCAUUCCAGAUGGCAUCCCAUUCAGCAUCGAUUCUAACGGCGUUAUUACUCUGAAAUCGUUAAAUCCACCACAAUUGCCAUUAAAUUUUGAAAUGCAACAGCAAUACGUCUUCGAUGUAACUGUCGAAGAUGAAGGUGGAUUAAAAACCGACGCGCCUGUUACCAUAAAUGUCCUUGACGCAAAUGACAACAACCCAAUCUUUGAUCCCACCAACUAUGAAAAAUAUGUUGAUGAAAACAUUCCCGUCAACAGUGAAAUUGUAACAGUUUCUGCAACUGAUAUGGAUUCUGGCAACAACGGCAUGAUUAUGUACUCUAUUGUUGAAGGAAACAUUGACAACGCAUUCACUAUUGACCCAGCAACAGGAAAAAUAACUGUCAACAAAGCAUUAGAUUUUGAAACAACAAACCAGUACGUACUUAAAGUAGAAGCUACAGACAAAGGUGCUAGCCCUCGAUCAUCUACAACAAAUGCUAUGGUAACAAUACACGUCAAAGAUGUUAAUGAAAAACCAAUGUUUCCACAAUUAUCAGAAACUAUAAUUGUUUUGGAAUCCUCUAAUGUUGGUCUACCUCUCCACAUUGUAUCUGCAGAAGAUCCAGAUAGCGGUGUUAAUGGCAUGCUUGUAUAUUCCAUUGUGUCUGGAAAUGAAGAUUUAAAAUUCAGAAUUGAUGCGGUUACUGGAACUCUUUUGUCACAAAACCCUGUUGAUUUUGAAACAAAAACUUCAUAUGUACUUACCAUUCGAGCAACCGAUAAGGGUACACCGGCAUUAAGCACAGAUGGUAAAGAUUUUGUACUCACCAUUAAUAUUGGAGAUGUCAACGAAGAACCUCAAUUCACACCAACAUCAGACACUAAAACAAUUUCCGAGACAACGCAACCACAAACAGUUAUUUAUACUGUAACAGCUACUGAUCCUGAUCAAGGGCUAUUUGGAAUGGUUACAUAUGAAAUUAUAAGUGGAGAUCCAAACAAACAUUUUAUGAUUGAUCCAGCAACUGGUAAAAUUAAAGUUAACAAAGUACUGGACUUUAAAACCCAAAAUAUGUACCUAUUAAAAAUUAGAGCUACAGAUAAAGGGGAAAACACACUACACACAGGACCUGAUGAUUUCAUGCUGAAAAUUAUACUGACUGAUGAUAACAACAACGCUCCAGUGUUCAACCCUGAUUCUUACACUGAAACAAUUAGUGAAACUUUAGCAACUGGUGGAGAUGUUGCAAUGGUAACAGCAACUGAUUCUGAUUCAGGAAGUAACGGAGAAAUUAAAUACUCCAUUGUGUCUGGAAAUGUGGGAGAUGUUUUCCAAAUAGACGAGUUGAGCGGUAAAAUCACUCUGAAAAGCUCAGUUGACCAUGAAACAAUCAAUAUGUACACUUUGGUUAUCAGAGCUACUGAUGGAGGCUCCCCAGCCAUGACAUCCAGUACAGACGCUACUGUGAAAGUGAUUGUUAGCAACGCAAAUGAGCAUGCUCCUGUCAUCACUAACCUUCCAUAUACUGAAUCAGUCGGAGAAGAAAUGGACGCACCAAUGAUUGUGUUUACAGUAACUGCGACUGAUCAAGAUAACGAUGCAAUAACAUUCAGUAUUGAUACCAAUGGACCGUUCACUAUUGAUGCAAAUACAGGAGUAAUAACAACCACAGGAAAAUUAGAUCGAGAGAUUACUGACAAAUACGUAAUUAAGGUGACUGCCACAGAUGGUAACCUGUCAACAAUGAAAUCACUGAUCGUAAUGGUCACUGAUAAGAAUGACAACAAGCCAGUCAUGGUGAGCAAAGAUUAUCAAAUAAGCAUCCCAGAAUCUGAACCAGUUGAUUCUGUCGUUGUUACAGUGCAAGCAACAGAUAUGGACAUUGGUGAUAAUGGAAUGGUUAUGUAUAUGAUUAUCGCUGGUAAUGAACUCUCCCACUUCAAAAUAAACAAGAACACUGGUGCCAUCUCAGUGGCUGCUUCACUUGACUUUGAACAAAACCCAAAAUACAUGCUAACUGUAAGAGCAAUAGACAAAGGACAGCCAGCUCAGCAUUCUGGACCAAUGGAUGCUACAGUGACUAUUGCGAUUACUGACGAAAAUGACAAUGCUCCAGUUUUUGGACCGGUACCAGCUGUAGAUCUACCUGAAUCAACUCAACCAGGCAUCAUCGCUACUGUAACUGCUACUGAUGCAGAUUCCGGUGACAGUGGAAAGAUUAUGUAUGCUAUUGUCGGUGGUAAUGGAGGACAGAAAUUUAGUAUUGAUAUGAAUACUGGUGUGGUUUCACUCAUCGGAGAGUUGGAUUUUGAGGCAGUCAAAUCGUACAAAUUAACCAUUCGAGCUACAGAUAAAGGCAACCCAUCAAAAUCCUCCCAACCUGAUGCCAUGCUUGUCAUAAGAGUAACUGAUGUAAAUGAUAAUAACCCUGGUUUCACUCAACUUGAAUACACAAAGACCAUUUCGGAGAAUGCUGUUAUUGGUACACCUGUCGUUAAGGUAUCAGCAACUGACGCUGAUUCUGGCGUUAACAAAGAAAUCAUGUACUCAAUUACCGCUGGAAACGACGAAGGAAAAUUUGAAAUUGACAUGAUGAAUGGACAGAUAACUUUGAAAGCCGGUCUUGACUUCAGCACAACAAGUUGGUAUACACUCACAGUCAAAGCAACAGACAAAGGCACUCCAGCAAACUACGGAGAAGCUACGGUAAAAAUCCAGGUGACGGAUGAAAACAACAACAGACCAAUAUUUAACCCAGAAAAAUACACACCAAGACUCAGAGAAGAUACUGCUGUAGGAGCUAUGGUAACAACAGUAACUGCAACAGAUGCCGACACUGGCAAGAAUGGUGAAAUUAUGUAUAGUAUCAUCAGUGGUAAUGACGAUGGUAAAUUCGAAAUUGACGCGAUGUCUGGAAAAAUCUCCUUGAAAAAAGAACUGAACUUUGAAGACAAGACAGGAUACACUCUAGUUGUUCGAGCAACUGACAAAGGAGAUGCACCAAUGUAUUCCAAUCCAGACGCUAUGGUGACCGUCACUAUCCUUGAUAUCAAUGAUAAUGGUCCAACAUUUGAAAAGCAAACAUAUAUGGUAUCUAUUCCAGAAACAACAGCGCAACAAACUGUGAUCUUGACUGUAAAAGCUACUGAUGAAGACUCUGGUUUAAAUGGAGAGAUUAUGUAUGCCAUUGUAAGAGGCGACGCUGGAACUACAUUCUCAAUUAAUAUGAAUACUGGUGAAAUAACUUUGACAGGUCCAUUGAACAUUCUCACAAAAAGCUUGUACCAAUUCGUUGUAUCCGCUACAGACAAAGGAACACCUGCAAAUGUUGUCGAAAUUGACGUGACUGUAAAAAUCACUGACGUUAAUCAAGCCCCUGUGAUUACACCAAAUGGUCCAUUCGAUAUUCUUGAUAACAAGAACGUUGGGGAAGAAGUCUUUACUGUAGUAGCGGUUGAUACAGAUCUUGGUCAAUUUGGAACGCUUAUGUAUGAAAUUACCGAAGGAAAUCAAGGAGGGAUGUUUACAAUUGAUAUGAAUACUGGUAAAGUUACGGUUAGUUCAUCGUUAACAACUUCCACCCCAAAACAAUAUAAAAUCAAGGUGAUGGUCAGCGACAAAGGUUCACCAUCGUUAUCUGCUAUGGAAUGGUUUGUAAUCAAUGUGAAUCCAUCAAACCACCAACCAACCAUUACACCACAAGGACCUGUCACCAUCAAAGAAGAUGCCGCAGUUGGUAGCUAUGUUAUCACAGUAGUUGCUAAUGAUCAAGACGCAGGAGAUAAUGGUAAAAUUAUGUAUGCCAUUACUGGUGGAAAUGCUGAUGGAAAAUUCCAGAUCGAUAUGAAUACUGGUAAAAUUACUGUCAAUGGAGCUUUAGAUGCCAGCACCACGUCUAUGUAUUCUCUUCAAAUCACUGUCACUGACAAAGGUUCUCCAGCUUUGAGUGCAACUGUUCCUCAAGUAGUUAUGAUAUCUGCAAUUUCCCCUCCAGUUUUUACAAAUGGACCAUUUGAUGUUUGCAUAACUGAAGAGCAACCAGCUGGUACAGUGGUGCUUACAGCUUUAGCUACUGAUGCAGAUAACGACAAUCUUAUAUACUCCCUAGCACCCCAAUUUGUUCCAUUUGUUAUUGAUCCUCAAUCUGGUGUUGUAACAACAUCAAAAGUUAUUGAUCUUGAAUUUGCUCAGCCUUUAUACUUCUUCGGAAUCUUCGUUACUGAUGGUAUUCACACAGUCCGCACAAACGCAACUGUUUGCAUAAACAAUAUCAACGACAACGCACCAGUUAUCCAAGUUCCAAACACAGCGGAAAUAUGCGAAGAUGCAUCACUGGGCUCCGAAGUAUGGCAAAUGGACACCUUCGAUCCAGAUAAUGAUCCUAUAACAGCAACAAUCGUUUCCAGUGUGCCAGUACCAUUUGCUGUUGAUAACACUGGUAAAAUCACGCUGGAUGGUCCUCUAGAUUUUGAAACAAAAGCACAGUACCUUUUUAAAGUUACUAUUUCAGAUGGUACAUUCUCCACAACAGCAGACAUCACUGUUAAUGUUUGUGACAUUAAUGAAUAUAAACCGGUGUUUGCACCAGUCAAUUACGAUGUAAAAGUACCAGACGGAUCCCAACCAAAUACAUAUGUUACCACAGUCACAGCAACAGACCAAGAUUCAGGAAUCAAUGGCAUGAUUAUGUAUUCCAUCGUUGCUGGUAAUACAGACGGUACGUUUACAAUUGAUCCAAACACUGGAAAAAUCACAUUGACCAAAGCUGUAGAUGCAGCCACAAUUAUGAUGUACACAUUAACCGUACGAGCAACAGAUAAAGGAGUCAAACGUUCCUCAAUGUCUUCAUCGCCAGACGCAAUGGUUAAAGUCACCAUCAUGAAACAAGUCGUCAACACAUGUUCAUGCCAAUUACCUAAUUCAACAUAUCCAUGCAUCAAGUGGACCAAAUAUGAGAUCAUUCGCAAAUUCGAAGGUUCCUGCUAUGUUGACAAACUCAAGAAGGCAAUCCAAUACAUCACUGCGAAAAUCGAAAACGUUACCAUGCUAACAACAAAGUUCACUGAAUGCAAAGCUGCAUUAAGAAGCGACAUCACAACCAGUGGAUCAUCGCAAACUUACCCCGACUUAUUCUCACGAUACGACAUGUGCACAGAGAAUCUUGAAUGCAAACUCUCCAUGUGGAAAAUGCAAUUGGAACAGAAGAAAAUGAUGUUAGAAAAGGAGAUGAUGAUAGAAAAGGAAGGAUGGGGAAAUUUUAACAUACCUGCUGCAGAAUACUAUCACAGCUUCUGGAAUUUCAUGAAGAUGUCACAAAGCAGUCGAACAAGCGAUUAAGACUGACGUCAGCACGAAAUUAUACAACAAAGAAAGCGAAAACAAAAACUUUAUUAAACAGCUAAACAUUUUAUAACUAUUUGGUGUUACUUUUUAUUGCUAAAGGCGAGAUAAAAUUCCCAAUGUUACAGACAACAUGCUUUCACUACUAUUCUUCGACCUUCUUAAUCGCCCCGAACUUCAAAUUGUUUCAUAUGAAUGCCUUCUUUUUAUCGCACUUUCUGCGCAUGUCAGUUCUGUGUAUAUGUUGUGAACAUAUUUUUUGGAAACGGAGUUUUGUAGUUCUAUUUAUUG